CGCACCCACUACACAAACCUCGGGGUCUCUACAUAAAAUCGGAUUUUUCUAAAAAAUGAGCCUUUCCAGUAGACUUUCGAGUCUUCAAUUGAAUGGAAAUGAUGAUUUGAAGCCGGCGUAUGGUUCGAUGAAUGCAAGUCCAAUUGAAAAACCAAAUUCUUUUGGAAAUUUAGGUCCAUCUAGUUCGCAAUCGUCCAGUACAAUUGCUGACUAUGCUGCAAAGGGGUUGCUUUCUUCCUCUACUCACAAUGCUAAUGAUUCCCAUACUGUACACCGAAAUAAUGGUAUUGUAGAUGUAAACAGUCAUAAAAACAAGCUUUUAGGGGUCAUUACUGGGAAGUCGGGCCCAAACUCACCUUCUUUUACUGAUACCACGGAAGCAAAAGGUGCAAAAAUAUCCGAGAAUCUGGAUUCCACCGCUCCCGCAGAUGAGUCUGCAAAUUCAUAUUCCCUUGAAUCUCUUCUGCCCAUUAUUCGUAUGGAAGAUACCGAUUUGUGCAUGUUACAACUGGGUUGCGAUUUAUCUGCCUUAGGCUUUGAUCUGGCACCUGUAGAAGAGGAUCGGUUAAUUUCUACUAACAUGUCUUCUCCUUGGGCUGAGCUUAACACCAAAAAACCAGUUUCCGAACCUCCAUUCAAGCUUCCAGAAUGCUACAAAAGCGUUAAUCCUCCCCCUCAGCUCUCUAAAAUUAUUCAAUUUGCCGAUGAAACUUUGUUUUACAUCUUUUACACAAAACCUCAAGACAUAUUGCAAGAGGCCGCUGCUCAAGAACUUACAAAUCGCAAUUGGCGCUUUCAUAAGGAACUUAGGGUUUGGUUAACACCAGUCCCUGGUACGAAACCACUUCAACGUACGCCCCAAUUCGAACGUGGUUAUUAUAUGAUUUUUGAUCCUGUUCAUUGGAAGAGAAUUAGGAAAGACUUUUUGCUUAUGUAUGCUGCUCUUGAAGAUCGUUCUCAAAAUGCUAUUCCAACAUGAAGAGAAAAGUGUAAGGUUCGUUUGCUUUCGAGCAGCUUCAAUGUCUUGUACAAAAGGAUUUAUUUGGGUUUGGUAAUCAUUAUGAUGGAUGAUUAGUUUUAAUAUCGCAUCCGAAGUAUUCAUGAAUAAAAAAUUUUGAUGUUUUAUACAGAGUAUUUAGAAUUUAAUAGCCUCAACGAUACAUCAACAAUAUGAUUAUGUUAUUCUGUAUCUUUAAUUCUUCUUAGCAGAAACAAUGAAUCGUU